GUUUUCCCGAUGCAGUACGCCGGCUCCGAGGACCACGUCGCGCACCUAAAGCACGUCCUGGAGACCAAGAAGGCGCACGAGCUGGGGCAGAUCCAGGCGCGCGCGAGCUUACGAGUGCGUGGCGCCAGCGUCGUGUACGCUCAGGCGGUCGACGCAGCUACGCGGCGCUACGAGGCGCAGGUCCAAGCACUCAGGACGCAGCUCCUCGAAGACCUCACCGCCGAGCUCAGAAUGCUGCGAGAGAACCGCGACGGUGUCACGCUCCUUCGAAAAGGCCUGAGCCGUGCCGCGCGCACACACCGAGCGGUGCCCGACGACGACCGGAGUAUGCCCGAGGUCCCGGCGUCCAAGGUUCCCGUCGACACGCUGUCGUCUGUGCUCGUGACCAACCGGUCGCAUCGGCAAAAAGCGCUGGGUCUGCACCGAUAUGCUUCCUCCCAAGCGUUCAAAACGGCGCCCGCCCCGGCCUUCUUAGCCGACGAUCUGGCUGAAAUCGCCGUCGCCGUCGUCUCUAAGCGCCAGCGACUGGCAACAUAUCCCGACAGCCGAGUGAGCACCAGAUAAGUUGGACCCACCGCGUUAUCGUAUGUAUCUUGUACACUCCAGUUGUUUGCGUCGAGCAAUGGGCCACAUUGCAGUGCUUCCUAGCUAAAUGUCCUCGCUACAGUGGUCACGUGCUAAUACAUUCUACACAGAGCCAAUGCACUGCAGACGCACGUCCUGUAGGACCUGCGAGUCUGUACAAGAUCUUCA